CACACACACGCGAACUCAUCAGCUGUUGGGAGAUUCUUUUGUGGCAUUCAAGCUGUAACCGAAAGGGUGGGUGGUCUUCCCCACCCCAACAAUCCUACCUAUAUAUACACCCCAAUUCAUUUUCUCUUGGGCAACAAACAUCUCAAUAUCAUUUGCUCUCUCUCCAUCAAUCCAAAAGCACCACCAAACACACUAUUUAGCUAGUGCUUCAAAUACUUGAAGAAUCAUGGAGUUCAUAUCCCUCUCUCUCUUGGCAGCAACCAUAAUCCUCUCCCUCUUUCUCCUCAAAUUCCUCUACUCCCGCCAUGCACGCCUCCCCCUCCCGCCGGGCACCAUGGGCUGGCCCUACAUCGGCGAAACCCUCCAACUCUACUCCCAAAAUCCCAGCAUUUUCUUCGCCGCCAAAGUCAAGAAGUACGGGUCGAUAUUCAAAAGCCAGGUGCUGGGGUGUCGGUGCGUGAUGAUGUCGAGCCCAGAAGCGGCGAAGAUGGUGCUGGUUUCCGAAGCUCAUCUCUUCAAGCCCACAUUCCCGGCGAGCAAGGAGAGAAUGAUCGGCAAGGCCGCCAUUUUCUUCCACGAGGGAGACUACCACGCCAAGCUCAGGAAGCUGGUGCUCCGCUCCGUCAUGCCCCACGCCAUCCGGACCAUGGUCUCCGACAUCGAAUCCAUCGCCCUCACCUCCCUCCACUCGUGGCAGCACACGCAGUUCAUCACCACCUUUCAAGAAAUGAAAACAUACACAUUCGACGUGGCAUUACUUUCCAUAUUGGGAAAGGACGAGGUUUCGUACAGAGAGGAUCUGAAGAGGUGUUAUUACAUUCUGGAAAGCGGGUACAACUCGAUGGCGUUCAACGUGCCCGGCACUCUCUUCUACGCCGCCAUGAAGGCCAGGAGGGAGCUGGCCCACAUCUUGGCCAAUAUUCUCUCUCUAAGAAGACAGACUAAGGCCCACCACUCCGACCUCCUCCAAUCCUUCAUGUCCCACGCUUUAACCGACGACCAGAUCACCGACAAUGUCAUCGGCGUCAUCUUCGCCGCCCGCGACACCACCGCCACCGUCCUCACCUGGCUCUUCAAGUUCUUGGCCGAGAAUCCAAUCACCCUUCAAGCAGUUACUGAAGAGCAAGAGGCAAUAAUGAGAUCGAGUGAUCAAAGGGGUUUGAAUUGGGCAGACACCAGAAAAAUGCCUGUCACAGCGAGGGUGAUCAAUGAAACCAUGAGAGUUGCAUCAAUCUUAUCUUUCACCUUUAGGGAAGCUGUUGAAGAUGUGGAGUUUAUGGGAUAUCGCAUUCCAAAAGGGUGGAAAGUCCUACCACUUUUCAGAAACAUUCACCACAGCCCAGAAAAUUUCACCAACCCUGACAUUUUUGAUCCUUCAAGAUUUGAGGUUGAACCCAAGCCCAAUACAUUCUUGCCAUUUGGCAGUGGGGUCCAUUCCUGCCCAGGGAAUGAGUUGGCCAAGCUGGAGAUCCUGGUGCUUGUGCACCACCUCACCACAAAGUACAGGUGGUCUAUGAUGGGCCCACACGAGGGCAUUCAGUACGGACCGUUUGCCCUCCCACAGAAUGGUCUGCCAAUCAAGAUCUGUCUCAAAGAAUAGAAAGUUUGUCUCACUAAUGGGACUCUCUCACAUGCCAAAAAAAUGUUUAAUCAUAUCACUAAAUAAGACUAAUAUAUAUAGUAGUAUAACAAUAUGAUAUAAGUAUGUGGUGUGGUGGAAGAAAUCCGCAAUGAGGAGAAAGCUUAUUGUAUAAGGAGUUUGGCCAUCUACAGCAUAAUAAGUACGUAGUUCGUUUGGAGGAGGAGUUGAUGACAAAGAUUUCAGGCUACAUUUACUUUUUUAAACUAGGAUGAGAAAAUCAAGAAGAGGACUUAAUACAUAGGAUAGUUUUAUUUUCCUUGUUUCCUACAUGUAUGAAGUCCGCAAGGCAGAUGAUGAUAUAUGAUAUAAUAUCUAAUAUUUCCAAA